AUUCAGCCUUUUCUUUUAGGUUUUGUCGGUGGGAUUUGAUCUUUUUAGAUCUACGAUUUGUGUGUGGUUGUUUCUUCAAUUUUAUAGUUUGAUUGUGGAUUCUGUGGCCAGAGGAGUUACAAUUGUGUUGAGAAAAUGGAAAAAUGGUGUUUCUUAUUGCUACAUGUAAAAAGUCAAUCGCUUUGGAUGUCGGUUGUACUUUUCAAUUAAAUCUACAUAUUUUGUUGGUGGCCGUGCCGUGUGAGAUUUUUAGGGUUUGUUUGAUCGGUUAAUCAUUUAGUUCGAAGACCUGGAUGGUUGCUGCUUGUUAUCUUCACCAACGUUGUCGGGGUUUUGGUUAGAUCUGCUUUGAUUCUUGGAGGGUUUGGUCGAAUAGGUGAUGUGAUGGACAUAAUUUGAAAAUUAUAUAGUAAUUUGUGUGGUUGCUCGUGCUGGAACUUCUGCGGACAGGUAUAUACCUAGUGUAGCUAGCGUGUUACCCCUGCCAGGAGAUGAUUUGCCUACCUGGGAAAGGUUUUCUCCAGUUCUCUUAACAGUUUUGUCUUGUUGAGAUAAAGUCUGAAGUAAGCUGUACAAAACUCUUUCCUUGCUACUUUUGGUUGUUUUGGUGGACAUUGAUCCAUUAGGUAAAAAUGAACUCAAAGUUCGAAAAGGUAUUGGAUAGUAGUCGACGAAUUGUUGUUGAUCUGAAGAGAAAGCAGUCUGAUGGAGGCAUAAUCUCUUCUGCUGGAGGUUCUCAGCUGCUGAUACCCCUGCAUUCUGUUCCCAGGCAUUAUGACCAUAAUCUUACCAAGCGAAGGAAAUUGGAUGGACCUAAAACCAAGUGCUGUAACUGUGGUUUUACGUCAGGAAAACACCUACUUAAAAACUAUAAUAAUUUCAAGAAAACUGGAAUUCUGCAUCGAUUGAUGUAUUAUUACAAUGAUGAAUGGAACGAUUUCUCCCAGGAUGUUAUUGCAUUUGCUAACAAAGAUCUUCUGAGUCAGAAACCUGUGAUCGAGGUGGAGGUUAAUGAAAACAAGGUUUUAUUAGACUUCUUGCAUAUGAUGCUGAUAGAUCUGAACACAGGUUUGCAUCAAUCUAUUGCUUGGAUUGAUGUCUCUGGAAAGUGUUUCUUCCCCGAGGUGGUUAAUGAAUGUGAUGAGCUGCGUAAUUGUCAUAAUGAAAUUGCGGUUGAUGACUGGUUGGUAACUGAGCCCCAGGAAUCCAACAAUAUCAAUUUGCAUUUGGAGAUUGAAAUACAUGGAGGAAAUGAUGAGUCUAGUGGAGAGUCUAAUGUUAUUGUCGAGCAAGUAGAAGUUCAUGAGAAUGAUGCACUUGACAUCAAUAGUUAUGCCAGGGCAUCAAAUAUGGUAGUUGAUGACAAGCUUGUGAAUAAUCAACCAAUAGAAGAAAACAUGAUCAUGAUGCAUGAUCCUGUACCUGGUUCUUUGGAUUCGGACACCAUAAAGAAGAUCUUCUUCAAAACAAUUAGCUCAACUGAUGCAGAGAUUGUUGAGGUUCUUCAUGGCAUGAGCAACACACGGUUGGAACUUUUCAUGAAACAGGCUGAAAUGACUAGACGUUGCCGUGGGGAUGCUAAUAUCCGAUAUGCUUGGCUCCCUUGUUCUAGCAGAGUUGUUUCAUCUAUAUUGAAGUAUGGAGUAAGCCAUUAUGAAUCAUUCAAAACUAAGCUAUUGUAUGGUGCAGGGAUAUAUCUAAUUCCUGCAAAUGGCACUCAGACCAGAAUCCAAGAUUUUGAUGUUGACGAAAAUGAAACACGACAUAUGGUACUUUGUCGUGUUAUAAUGGGGAAUAUGGAGCCUAUUUGCUGUGGAUCUAGACAAUUCCAUCCUAGUAGUGAUGAAUUUGAUAGCGGUGUUGACAAUGUUCAAAAUCCUAAGCACUAUGUUAUAUGGACUAUGAAUAUGAACUCUCACAUCUUCCCGGAGUGUGUCGUUAGUUUCAAGAUGAUCUCAGAUUCUGAAGAGCUUGUGUUUGGAAAGGAGAGGGUUGAUCAAAUGAGCUUCGGUACUUGUUUUGAAGGACCACAUGCUGCACAGAUGUAUGGACUUCCGAAUCAAGCAAAAGGUCCAAAGAGCCCUUGGAUGCCUUUUCCUAUGCUAUUCGCUGCCAUAUCAAGCAAAAUAAUUCCGCGAAACAUGGAGCUUGUGAAGAUCAACUAUGUUUUAUUCAGGAAUAAAAGGUUUAGCCGGGAUGAAUUUGUGAGGAGGUUGAGGGUGAUUGUUGGUGAUGAUUUGCUGAAGGCUGCAAUAACAAGUCUUCAGGCCAAGAUGUCAUAUGGAUCAGAUGUGGAAACAGCCUAGUGCUGGAGGCGGUGUUUGCGAAAGGUAGCUGGUGAAUAUCUCCUCUGUUUUUAUAAUGGUUUGUGUGGUUGGUUAUGUUCUGUGAAUGCUGGUACUGAAUGUUUUAGGUACUCAUUACUGUGGUAACUUCUGCUAGUUUGAACCUUCAAUAAGUAAAUGAAACUUGUGUUUUGUGCUC